UUGCUUCCUUCCUCUUGUUCCUCCCUCGCCAACCUACCUGGAGGCAGGUAAUAAAGCAGGAGGAGGGAGAUGGAUGGAUGGGGAGGGCGGAGAGCCACGUGGUGCCAUAAAGCCCAGGUAGAGAGGGCCGCCUGGGGAGUGUCCAGCCAACGCUCGGAAGGUGGACUGUCAGCCUUGUGAGCGGGAGCCGGAGCAUCAAGGCCCCGGAGAAGGCCAUGCACCGAGGCGCACCAGGACCGGGCCUCAGAGGCCUGAAGGGGGCCGAGGGCUCUGCUGAGGACUUGGGGGACUCUUGCCUGGAGGCCGGGAGAGAUUUUGGGGUGCUGAGAGAGAACGGCGCCCCCCGCGGCCUGGGCGAGGCAGACGAGGUGGCGAGCGGCAGAAAGCGCGCGCGGCCGGUGCGAUCCAAGGCGCGGCGCAUGGCGGCCAACGUGCGGGAGCGCAAGCGCAUCCUGGACUACAACGAGGCUUUCAACGCGCUGCGCCGGGCGCUGCGGCACGACCUGGGCGGCAAGAGGCUCUCCAAGAUCGCCACGCUGCGCAGGGCCAUCCACCGCAUCACGGCGCUCUCCCUCGUCCUGCGCGCCAGCCCCGCGCCCCGCUGGCCCUGCGGGCACCUGGAGUGCCACAGCCAGUUCGCGCGCGCCGGGGGCGCCGGGGAUGCGGGCUCCACCCCGCCGCCGCCCCUGCCGCUGCCCGCCGGGCCCAGCCUCGCGCGCUGGGACGCCGCCGGUCCCUUCGCGCCGCGCUGCGCCUCGUGCUCCCCGCACACGCUCCUGGGACGGCCCAGGGCGGUGGCCGAGGCGCAGGGCUUGGCCCAGGCCUUCGCGGGAAACUGGCGCCGGUGUCCGGGGGCUCCCUCUGCCUGGCCGCGGGACCACUUGUGA